AUGCCUCUUGCCCACGGAUCCCAAGCUGGCUCGUCCCUCUCGGCCGCUGGUGUUUCAGCUCAGAGCUUCGACCACCUCUACCACCGUUACUUCACCGAUGUCGCGAAUAUUCCGCCUGUGCACCGAUGGCGUGCCGGAAACACGGACCUUGUUGGGUCCGGUGCGGCAAUUACGUGUGAUUUGUGGUGGGUGUGCCAUAUGUGCGAGAUCACGACAAGUGUGGCUCGUGUGGCUCGGUGA